AGUUUAGCCAAUUUCUAACUUCACAAGAUAUUGUGGCGGCGUCUCGGCGUUUGACUGAACAUGACAUAUAAAGAACCUUUUAAAAUGACAGCUUGAUUUGGUUUGGUUUCCGCUACUGUGCUAUUGUGCUAUUUUUUUGAUUUUUGAUACAAAAAUCACAAGAUAAUGUCGAUAUCUACAGCUACAGGUUUCGCAGAUGAUCGCACAGAAGGAGAUGAUGAUACGUCACAAGGAAGUCAACCAAAAGAUGAUAGCAGUGAAUCAGAAAACGAGAUUGAACCUCAGAGCCACAAUGGUGGAUCCCCAAGUCCUGAGGUUCAUGAGAUAACUAGUGAUGAAGAUGAUUGUGCAGUGACUAAUGAUGACGACUCAUCAAGUUCUAGUACAGACUCCAAUGAUAGUUCAGAUGAAUCCCAGCAAAGCACUAAAGAUGGGGAAGAAGAGAAGAAGAAAGAUGAUGAAGCUGUAGAGAAUGGGGCCGAGGAGUCAGACAUUGAAGAAGUGUCUGCAGAGGAUCCCCUCAAUCAAGCACAGAAGAUCAAGCCAAUAGUUAUAAGUGAUACUAAAAGUUUAGUGGACCUCACAACAAAACAGAGUAAAUCAAAUGAGGGUGAAAACAAGGAACCCACUGUAGUUAUCAUAGACACAAACUCUAUAAUCUCUAGCAAAAGUUCAACAGCAGUACAAAACAAAUCAUCAACUAGUAAUUUUGAUGCACAUAAUUUAUGUCAAAGCAUAGCAGCUCGGGGCACCACAAUCACACCGGUAAGUGCCAAGAGUGGUUCCACAUCAAAAAAUAAUACAACCGCUGUGCCCCAGGCCAAUAUAUUGCCCUCGUUGACCGAUGACAUGUUUGUAGUUGAAGCACCUUCAUUUAUAGUACCGUAUGUGUAUGAGAAGCCCUCAGUUAAACCGUUCAGAGAGUUUGUUGACAAAUUAGGCAAACAAUUGGAUGAAAUUAAGCUUAAAGAAGAUCAGGACAAAAUGUUAAAUACAGACAAAAAAGAUAAAGGUAAACAUGACAAGUCAGAAAGUGAUGAUGAAGGUGAGUGUGAAAAGGAGAGUAAGAAGGAGGUGGAGGAACCACCAAAAGAAAAGAAACCAGAUAAGAAGAAACGAAGAAGACCAAAUACAGAUGAUGAUGAUUCCUGGGAUGGUGAAUCUUCCAGUGAAUCUGAUGAGGAUGCUCUAUCUGAUGAUGAUACUGUGGUUAUCAAAGAAAAAGAUGAUGCAGAAUUGAAGGAUCCUAUUAGUAUUAUAUCAAAAGAGCUCAUGGGUAAAGGUGAUAGUUACUUUGAUUGCUCUCUUGGACAGUUUUUUAUUAAUAUUGGCCUUAAUCUUGUUCAAGAGUAUGUUCAAAGCGAUUUACUCAAGCACCAAAAUAGGAAAUUAUAUAAGGAAAAGAAAUCCGGACGAAGUACUAAAGCCACCGAGUCUGCAAUUGUAUCCCUCACUCAGAACUUAGAGUUUAGUAAGAAGACAAAUGCUCCUUAUGCGCUACAACAGAAGAAAUGUGAAUUUUGUAGUUUUAAGACAGAAUCAAUGCUCAUAAUGGCACAUCAUUUAGAAGCACCACAUAUGAGGAACAAUAUUUAUAAAUGUAAUUCAUGUCCAUUUGAGAUUCGUAGUCCACAUGAUAUAUUGUUUCACAUGGAAGCCGAGCAUAACAUCAGGGGUAGGCUCGAAAGAGCACCGGCGUACCAACAAUGUCCCAAUUGUCAUUUUGAAGAUAACAGUAAGACUAAGUUAGCAAGACAUCACAUUUCAUGUGCUAAGAAAUUCAAACCAGAAUUUAACUUAUCACCUCCACUAGAGUGGGAACCUCCAGCAAAAAUACCAAAGUUAAACAGACCUCGGAAUAAUAUAAUGGCGCCUUAUCAACAAAACUUUAGUAGGUCUCAAGUGGGUGGUAAUUUGGGUAGACCGCAGAACCCGGUUAAUGUUGGCUUAACUGGUACAAUGCCGGUAUUAGGUCGACCACGAGGCCGUCCACCUAUGAGCAACCCCGUUCGGCCACCGGUUUCUGGCGUACCCAUAUUACGCAGUGGGGUUAUGAUCAUGCAUAACAAUCCUACGGGCACAUCUAUUACUAAUUAUCCUAUGAUGCAAAAUAAUCAAGUUGGUAAUAAUACAUCGGCAACACCUAAAAUAUCAAUCACUCCGCUCCCUAGAGCGCCGCAGCCAUCCUCAUCUCAGAUUCCACAAAACUCAAAAGCUUCAUUUGUUAUUUGUGAAAUAUGUGAUGGUUAUAUCAAAGACUUGGAACAAUUGAGAAAUCAUAUGCAAUGGAUACAUAAAGUGAAAAUUCAUCCUAAAAUGAUAUACAAUAGACCACCACUGAAUUGCCAAAAAUGUCAAUACAGGUUCUUCACAGAUCAGGGCCUUGAGAGGCAUUUGUUGGGUGCUCAUGGAUUGGUUACCAGUUCCAUGCAGGAAGCGGCUAACAAAGGGAAAGAUGCUGGUAGAUGUCCCGUGUGUGGAAGAGUAUACCAAUGGAAACUACUGAACCAUGUGUCCAGAGAUCACAAUAAGACAUUAAAACCUGCACACCUCUCGUACAAAUGUACAGUAUGCACUGCAACAUUUGGUAUGUACAAGCAAUUUGAGAAUCAUGUAUAUUCAGCCCAUAGUGUGGUUGCUAAACGAGUUAUGGACAAAAAUAAGACCUCGUCGACACCCGCUAAGCCUGCUGAUACAGAUGCUACACUGAAGCCUCUAAAGAUUAGUGAUGAAAUAACAAUUAUUCCACAGCCUAAAUCAAAUGUAACCAUCACUGCGAAAGGCAAAUAACAUUUCAUAGUAUUUAAAAAAAAAAUCGCACUGACGCCAGACACCAAUUUAGCCUUAAAGUGAUGCACUCUUCAUGUUAGAAAACAGUAUUGUGUAAAUAGAGUUAAGACCAUUGUCAUAAUUAUUAAAAAUAUAACAUGGGGAAGCAAAGAUUUAGUGACAAUUGAGUGUGGAUGAUAAAAUAAGUUAUUCUAAUAAUAAGAUAUUACAAAUUUCAACAUUUAGGGUAAGAUGUAAAUUCCGUGUAUAUUGCCUAUCUAGGAGUCCAUUUAAUUAUGUAAUCUAUGGUAACUACUGCUUCACACUUUUUGUAUGAACUUAAAUCCUAUUAAUUUUAUUGUGAUGUCACAAAAUGUGAUUUUAAUUCAUUAAAAGAUCUGCAUUGUCACAUUGAAUUAUUUAGUGGAACUAUUUGUGUAUUAGAUGUAGUUUUUAAAAUUUCAAAAUUAAAAAACGUAUAAAUAAUGAUUUGUUUUCAAUCAAGACUUUGAAUUAAGGCGUAAUAUUUACCUAACAAUUAAGGUAUCUUUUUAUUAUUUAAUUUUUUUUAAUUUAUUGCAUUCAUCUUUGAUUACAUUUGUCUGCUGUGUAAAGAAAUCAGUUUAGGUAUAAUGAUUGUAUAAUACUUUAGAUAUAAUUUAAGAUUGUUAAUAAGUAUAUUCAAUAGGAAUGCUAAUGAAAAUGAUUCCAACUACCUACUGCCCUGGUCGGGGAACUCAAGCUUACCUGGAUACAAAUCGCACAACACAUCGGUCUAAUUUAAUUCUGAUCUCAGGUCUGACUGGAGUGUUGAUUUGGUAAAUUUUACUAAAUUGUUACUGUACUUAUAGAAAUAAAAAUUGUAUUUUUUUUAUUUAAUAAAAAGACCAUAAUAAG